GGGACCCGUGCGCGCGCGCAAGAGCGGCCCGCCCGGGGCCGCGGGUUGAGGGGGCGGUUCCUCGAGUGUCGGCCGCCGGAGGGUGGGCAGGCUGGCGGCAGGUGCCGCCAAGGCCACUGCCGCAGCCACCUCCGGAUCCCGGGUCUCCUAGUCCUCCGGCGGUGAUGAGCUGGACUCCGUCGGGGGCUGCACCUGCCGGCUGCCCAUCACUCCGAGCCUCCCGGCGUGACCUCGGCCUCCUACCGCGCCCGAUCUCCGAUCUCGGCGUCGCGGGGCAGCCCCUGAGAGGGAGCAUUAGCGGCCUCCUCCACCCCGGGUGGUCACUGGGGGGCCGUGCGGGAAGAGCGCCCGGCUCCCUCCCCUCCCCCGUCUGCUGUCCUCAAUGUCUCCCCGGCGGGGAGGGGGCUGCCUGGGAGACGCGCUGAGCGGCACCCCCCGGAGGCCCAUCGGCCGCAGGAGCAGCGCCCAGCCCGUCGCCCCGCAGCCUUAUCCCGCGGCGGCGGCGGCCUGGAGGAGCAGCGCACCGGCCGCCGCUCCCGGAGCCUCACAGCCGCCGCCGCCACACGGCGCCCGAGGAGAGGGCGGCGGGCGUCCCCCGGGGAAGAUGAAGACGGAGGCGGGUGACCACUCCAUGAUCAACCUGUCGGUGCAGCAGGUCCUGAGCCUCUGGGCUCACGGGACGGUGCUGAGGAGCCUCACGGAGAUGUGGUAUUGGAUCUUUCUCUGGGCUCUCUUCUCCUCUCUGUUUGUCCAUGGUGCUGCAGGAGUGUUGAUGUUUGUGAUGCUGCAGAGGCAUAGGCAGGGGAGAGUAAUCUCUGUCAUUGCAGUCAGCAUUGGAUUUCUGGCUUCUGUAACUGGAGCAAUGAUUACUAGUGCAGCAGUAGCAGGCAUUUACCGAGUGGCAGGGAAGAACAUGGCCCCCUUGGAAGCGCUGGUGUGGGGCGUUGGACAGACGGUACUGACAUUGAUAAUCUCCUUUUCAAGGAUCCUCGCCACACUUUGAGGUUUCCGUGGAAAUGACUUACUUCACAUAAAGAAACAGAUGUACAGAUUCUCUGAAAUGGCACUGUUAGCCAGUGGAAAUGAAAUCACACAAGAAUCUUGGAAGGAGCCGGUCAGGAAGUAAGGCCUUGAGCUGUGUGGAAAGAUUGCCCUCUGGUGUUCAAGUGAUUGCACUACCGCACUGCACCUUACGUGCCUCCAUCCCAGGCAAGGCGAAUUACACUAUGAGAAGCUACAAGAAAAAGCACCUUGUUUAGCUGCCAAUCAGGUUAACAUUGGUGUUGAAUCAUCAUUUUUAACAGUGUUGUGUUUAAGUUACAGGGACAUUUUGAAGAAUUGAUAUAUGUGCCAAACUCUUUUUUUAUACAUUGAUCAUGUGACAAUUUGCAAGUGUAGAUGUAGAUGAGUGCUGUGAACAUGUUUGACAUGAAUUCAGGUAAUGUAGUGAGAUUUUUGUUUUGUAAUGCUAAGUCCUGUAUGAGUGCUGAAUACUGAAUCAUUUACUAUGAGAUAAAUUAUUUGAUUUUCAUUGUUGAACGUUUCUGGGAUUUAGGGCUUUAAUAUGUUUAGGCAUUAUUGUUAUUCAGUUUAUAUGGAAAAUAAUACUUAAUGGAAAACUAGCUGAACUCUUUUAAGGACUCAAAGUAGAACUAUAGGGUGCAUCCUUUUCACUCACUUAAAUAACAGUCUUUUAAUAGUUUCCCUCAUAUAUAAAUGUUCUGUUGAUAUAAAUUCAAAACCUUUAUGAAUAACACACACUGAUUGUGUUUGUGUGUCAUAAAAAUAUAAUUUAAAAAUUUCUUAUGAAUUUUGUUAGAAGUCUGAAAUGCAUGUUCUUUGACCCUUCUAAAGAAAGUGUUUGCCUUGUGUCUCGUGGAGAAAACAUCUUUAUAAUUAGUAUCACAGUGGGAUUAUAUUACUUGUUGCAUAUGUAUUGAUUUUUGACAAAAUGUAAACAGUCUUUCAUUUUGGAGUAUUAACUGUAUUUAAGAGUGGCCUAAAUUAGGCUGUGAAAACAAAAAGCCUCAUCUGUAGAUAAGUAACAGUAAGUUAUAUAGGGAGAUUAAUAAACUAUCUUACUUUGGAUAUGUGGUAGCACGCUUUCACUAAGAAUUGGAGAAUUUAGUAAAUAAUUUUAAAAUUUGGCAGUUAUUCUCAGUAUAUAAAAACAGUACUGAAAUAUAUUUGAAUGUUUCAUUUCAGUUGUUCAGGUCUUGAUUUAUGCUGUUAUUUAAGUUUAUUAGAAUGUGAUGACAUUUAUUAGAAAUGAAAAAGCCCUUAGUAUAAAAUAUUUUAAGAGGUUUUGGCAGCCUAUCCUUAUUUUUAAGAGUACAUGAAGUAAGGAAAAGAGAACCUGGUUUAACUUCUAAUGACACUUUUUUAGUACCAAGUAUAAUUAAAGUGUGCUAACUCAAAGGAGUAGCCAUUGCAGAGAAUAUGAGUUAAGGACAAUCCAAAAAAAUAAUCUGCACACUCUAGCCUUGCUGUUUUAUAACCUGAUAUGGUAAAAAGUAAGUUUCUAUUGGGUCCCAUUCAAAUUUAAGACCUUUGUUACCCAUACCACUUUCCCUUUACCAAACAAAACAAAUGAACAAACAAAAAACAAAAAAAAAACAAACCAGAAAAACCAACAACUUAACAGUGAAGAAUUGGUGGGGGCGGGGGGUGGGCACUUUCAUCAGUAGGGAAGCCAGUUUGGGGGAUUUUCUAAUGCUGUGACUUAGAAACUUGAUUAAAAAAAUUAGCAGCUAUGCAUUCCUAGAGAUCUUUGAUCUUAAAAUUGAUUUUAAGUUAUGUAUAACCCUGAAAUUACUUUCAUGUGUUCUUUAUAUUUUUUAUGUUUUCCAAAUUAAAUUUAGGCAUACAUUUUCCAAAUCAAUUUGAUUUCUCCUUUUCUGUUAGACUUGAAUUCAGUGUUCUUUCUUUACUGUGGCUAUUCUGUCAAUAAUUUAAAGUGUUUGCAUUCUUUGAAGGGAAUUACCAAUAACAUAUUAGAGAUAUACAAGAUGAAUAUUUAAACAUAUGGUUAUGUUACAAUUUAAGAAAGUUGUCGUGGUGAGGUAAUAUGGAGCAUAUGGUUCAGAAUCCAAAAUCAACCAGAAAAUAACUUGGGUACAUAAAUGUAUGAAUGCGUGGACCAAAGAGAUUUAAACUCUUGUUUUUACUCUAAAAUGGAAAUAUAAUUGGAUGGCUAAUAAUUAAUCUGUAGAGUGUCCUAAUCUCAUUAUCAAGUUGCUUUACAUUAUGAAUUGUGCAUAUAUGUGUACUUUUAACCUGUGGGGGGAUUUUUCAGUUUCUUUGCUGUUUUCAGCUAUUUCUGUUGGGAUUUUUUGUAACUGGCACUCUUGAUGUUUUGAAAUACAGUUGAAUAGUGUGAAUUGAAGACAUUAUCUUAAUAGUUAUUUCUAUGCUGAGAUUUUUUUAAGUUAGUGGUUUUCUUAUAGAGACAAGAGUGUUUAAUGAUAUAUAUUUACACACACAUAUAUAUCAUUAUAUACGUAUAUAUAAAGCUGCUAUGAGAAUACAGUUGAAUUGGAAAGCUUUUGUUUGGUGAACAUGUUCAGGUUCUAGUGAAGAAUUUGUUCAGUUGAAUGAUCUUUUAAAUAGGUAUGAAGAUGUUUGAGAUUUUUUAAUUUGGGGAGUUUUGGGAGGGCGUUAAUAGUGCCAGAGAUUCUUGUUUUUGAUAUGACAAAAGCCCUUAUUGAUGUAUUUGUGUUAUACCUUCUUAAAACCUGUGAUUUUCCUUGUGUGAUAAAUGCAGGAAGGGCAGAGGAAAUCCUCUGUAGUUUACACUUCUUUAUUUUUAGAAAAUGUUUAGUAAAAUAUUGGUGACAGUGAAAUCAAUUCCCCAAAGAAGAGACUCCUAUAUGCCCAAACUAAUUAUUUUUUAACGUAUUGGUUAGAAAUAUCUGUAGACUAGAGUUUAGUCAGGGGGCCUUAUCUAACCACAAAUGAUGCUAAAUGGAGAAGGUGCAAGUAAUUGCCCCCAUGGGAUGGUUCCAUUGGCUGUCUAGAAUAAGGAAAGUCCUAAAGGAUGGCUGUAUUCAGUGCUUACAGCUUAAUUAUUCUUAUUUUAGAGCUUAAUGUUUACCAAACAGUGUUACAGUUUGUUACCCAAUGUACUGUCUUAGUAUUUGUGGCAUUUAGUAUAUCCACUGCCCUAAAAAGUGUAAGGAUUUUAUUUGUACUUUAAGUGAGAAAUAAAGAAAUGAGCUGCCUUG